GAUCGAGGUAAAAAGGCAGCGAAGAGUCCCGGGAUGGUGGAGAGCACUUUUGGGAAGCCGCCACUCCACGACUCGGGCUGGCCGGGCUGAGCUGGUGGAGAGGGAGCGAGGGCUGCGGGAGGCGGCUCGGCGCGAGCUUGACCUUCCCGGGACGCCCAGCUGUUCCACCGCGGACCCCAGAAGAGACCCCCGGGGGCUCUCACUGCAGUCAGGAGGGCGGACGAACAGGCGGGUGGGCAGUGCGCCCCUGGCGCGGGAGGCUCUGAGGCCCUGGGAGCCCCGCGUGCCUAGCUAGGCGUCACGAUGCAUGCCCUCUCUGGAUUCUCCCUGGUCAGCCUGCUCAGCUUGGGCUACCUGUCCUGGGAUUGGGCCAAGCCCGGCCUCGUGGCCGAUGGGCCUGCGGAAGCCAGCGAUCAACCUUCGGCAGCUCCACCGCAGCCUCCUCACAUCAUCUUCAUCCUCACCGAUGACCAAGGGUACCACGACGUGGGCUACCACGGCUCAGAUAUCGAGACCCCAACGCUGGACCGGCUGGCAGCUGAGGGUGUCAAGCUGGAGAACUAUUACAUCCAACCCAUAUGUACACCUUCUCGGAGCCAGCUCCUCACUGGCAGGUACCAGAUCCACACAGGAUUGCAACACUCCAUCAUCCGCCCACGGCAGCCCAACUGCCUGCCCCUGGACCAGGUAACACUGCCCCAGAAGCUGCAGGAAGCAGGAUAUUCCACCCACAUGGUGGGCAAGUGGCAUCUGGGCUUCUACAGGAAGGAGUGUUUGCCAACCCGCAGGGGCUUUGACACCUUCUUGGGCUCCCUCACAGGCAAUGUGGACUACUACACCUAUGACAACUGUGACGGCCCAGGGGUCUGUGGCUUCGACCUGCAUGAAGGCGAGAGCGUGGCUUGGGGCCUCAGUGGCCAGUACUCCACCCUGCUCUACGCUCAGCGUGCCAGCCACAUCCUUGCCAGCCAUAGCCCUCAGAAACCCCUGUUCCUCUACGUGGCCUUCCAGGCAGUACACACACCCCUACAGUCACCUCGAGAGUACCUGUACCGCUAUCGCACGAUGGGCAAUGUAGCGCGGCGCAAGUACGCGGCCAUGGUGACCUGCAUGGACGAGGCUGUUCGCAACAUCACCUGGGCCCUCAAGCGCUAUGGUUUCUAUAACAACAGCGUCAUUAUCUUCUCCAGUGACAACGGUGGCCAGACUUUCUCAGGAGGUAGCAACUGGCCCCUUCGAGGACGCAAGGGUACUUACUGGGAAGGCGGUGUGAGGGGCCUGGGUUUCGUCCACAGCCCCCUGCUCAAGAAAAAGAGACGGACGAGUCGGGCCCUGGUGCAUAUCACAGACUGGUACCCAACACUGGUGGGUCUGGCGGGUGGUACUACCUCGGCAGCUGACGGACUGGAUGGUUACGAUGUGUGGCCAGCCAUCAGUGAGGGCCGGGCCUCACCACGUACGGAGAUCCUACACAACAUCGACCCCCUCUACAACCAUGCCCAGCACGGCUCCUUGGAAGGUGGAUUUGGCAUCUGGAAUACAGCUGUGCAGGCUGCUAUCCGGGUGGGAGAGUGGAAGCUGCUCACUGGAGACCCAGGCUAUGGUGACUGGAUCCCACCACAGACACUGGCCUCCUUCCCUGGCAGCUGGUGGAACCUAGAGCGGAUGGCCAGCAUCCGCCAGGCUGUGUGGCUCUUUAACAUCAGUGCUGACCCUUAUGAGAGAGAGGACCUGGCUGGCCAGCGCCCUGACGUUGUCCGCACCCUGCUGGCUCGCCUUGCUGAUUAUAACCGGACUGCCAUCCCUGUGCGUUACCCAGCUGCGAACCCUCGGGCCCACCCUGACUUUAAUGGGGGUGCUUGGGGACCAUGGGCCACGGAUGAGGAAGAAGAGGAGGAGGAGGAGGAAGGCAGGGCUCGAAGUUUCUCCCGGGGUCGCCGCAAGAAGAAAUGCAAGAUUUGCAAGCUUCGAUCUUUUUUCCGGAAACUCAAUACCAGGCUGAUGUCCCACCGGAUCUGAUGGCUGGGGGUAGCAGGGAAUCUCAGCUCCUCCUAAGAUACUGUCCCAUUGCUGCUUCUCAGGGAGAAGGUCAAGUCUCCUCUGCAGCCAUGUGGAGGGAGGGCACAGAAAGGGCUGAAUCAUGUGGGGCUUGGGGGAGGGCACCAACCCGGCUGGGAUGCCUGGGUCCCAGUCCUGCCUCUCUCCUGAUGUGUUUGUUCUGUGACCUAAGGUUACCUAUAGCAGCCUUCUGCCUCAGUCUCCUCACCUCUAAGAUGAGCUCUGGUAACUUUAUGGCUCCAGUGUAUACAUGUGACUGGGCUCAUGGCAGAGUUCCUUGCUGAUCUUGUCCCCUUCCGAAUGAUGUGAGUCCGUGACUUCUUUCCAGGUCUCUGUGGUGCUCUUGGACAUCGGCUGGAGAAUAGCCAGCUGCUCUGUUAAAGGACCCGAUGAGGAUGGAGAGUUUAGGGUAUGAGAAUCUUUACAUUCCCAGAGCCCCCAGAUGUGGGAGCUAGUGGA